GGGGACCCUCGAGGUGAGGCUGGGCCGGGAGUCUGGCUCAGCUGAGCCGCCUGCGUCCCUGGGACCCCGCCUGGCCCGCCGUCCCGCGCGCCCUUGCCAGCCGGGCUGGAUAAGGUUACGCCGAGGCUUCCUUGAACAGAGGAAGAGAGGCGGGUCCGAGCCCGCGCCCCGGCCCGCGGGGGAGUUCUCACAGCUGGCAGCUCGGGCCCGCGGGGCCACAUCCCUGCAGCGGUGGGCGCGUGCGGGCGGCGGAGCGGAGCGCCGGGCCGGGCCCAGCCCGCCAUGGCGCGGGAGAGGCUGCCCGGGAGGGGCUGCUGUGCCCUGCGCCGCUGUCUGCUCGCCGCCGCUCUGCUGCUCGGCCUGCGGCUCUGCGCGGAGCUGCAGCGCGCCGGGCCCCAGCCCCCAGCCCUCAGCUCCCCGCCAGGCCAGGCCCCCCGACCGCCCGGGUCGCACCUGCAGCCCGCGCCCGGCCAGCGGCGCGGCGCCAGCCGGAGGCAGGUGACCUACGUGCGCAGCGGGCGCCGAGCGCCGGCGCGGGGCGGCAGGAGUGGGACGCCGGAGCCUGGCUGCUGCGCCCUGCGCGGGCGUCCCCGCCGGAAGGGUCCCCGGUGGCAAAUAGACCUCCAGCCUUGGGCAGGCCCUGCUCGCUCCCUGGAUGAAGAAGCCUCGAGGUUCCUGAGAUACAUCAGCACCAUUCAGAUUGCAUGUGAUCACAUGAGGACAGACAGCCUGGCUACUGCCUCCAGCCCUACAAAAAAGCCCUGGUCGGUCUGUCUCGAUGACAGGUUUGGGUUAGUUCAUCAAAUCCGCAUCAAGCAGUGCCGCCUCUAUUCGUUAGGCCUAGGAAGUGAUGAUACCCAUUUUGAGGUUGGCAUGGCCAACAAUGGAUGUGAAGUGCAUCGUUUUGAUCCUAGUGUUAAAUCAGCUCAUGUUCUGGAAAGUGAGCGUCUUUGGUAUCACCGUUUGUCCAUCGACUGGCGGGACCCCCAUCCAGCUGUUGCUGCCCAAAAACCGUAUAGCAACACCAGAAAACUGGGAACCAUUUUGAAUGAAUUUGGGCAUCACAAGAUUGAUGUUCUCAAAGCGGAUCUGGAAAGCGCAGAAUGGAAAGUUUUGGAAAAUCUUAUUCUGGAAGAUGUCCUCGAACAAAUUGGACAGCUCAUCUUUGAGAUCCAUCUCCACUGGCCUGGGUUUGAGGUCAGCGGCAGUGACAGCAGUGUUGUGCGCUUCUGGUACAGCCUCCUUAAAGAGUUAGAACUGCAGGAUUUCAGGCUUUUUCACAGUUACAAAGACUUAUCUAAACCUCAGCUUUUCCUGAAAAAAGAUAUUUUCAAUGCCAGUAGCUGUUAUACUCUGGGUUGGGUGAAUACAAGAUGGAAAUAGGACACAGGAUCUCAUCAAGAACUCAAGGAAAUAUUUGCAGCAGGGAACAUGUCCAUGAUUCUAGUUAUUGGUUUACCUGUCUAGGCUCCCACUAGCCUGUGACUUGCUUGAGGCAGAAGUUGUGUUAUUAGCUUUGUAGUACAUGUGGCUUGGCAUAUGGUAGGGGAACAGUUAAUACAUGUUGAGGGGACAGACACAGGAGUCAACCUCCAUCUGCCCAAACCCAAGCUCUAUGCCUUUUGCCUCAGAGUGGAAAUGCUUGUCCUUCCUUACCUCAACUUGGAAGAUAAUCCCCCAUUUAUCUCAGUUUUCCCUAAAAUUAAUUAUGUAUCUAUAAAUCAUGAGUUCACCACCAUGAAAAAGAAAUUAUAUAACAUUUCUAUUUUUCCUGGGUUGAUGAGAUCCUUAAAUAUAUAGCCUGCUGUUUAAAACAGGGCCUUUCAUUUGCUAUUCACUCACCUUGCUCAAGGAUUUUCUUGUUCACUGUGUCAAUAACAUUCUUUACAGCCUUGUAGAUUUCAAUCAUUCCUCCUCAACCUUUGCUGAAGCCAUGCUGUGACUUUAUAAGAAUCACUGAUUCUAGUUUCUGGGAAUGCAGACACACCAAAUUCUGUAACUGAGUAAGAAAGACUAGACUAUCACGUUCUUCAACUCAGGAUUCUUUUUAUGUUCAGCCUUAAAUCCCCUCUGUUCCCAUGAAACUAAACCCAAAACAGAAUUUGAGUGUCUUCAAACCUGAUUUCUCAACUAUGGACUUGCCUAUGGUGUCAUUAUUAUUA